ACAUAUCGCUCAAGAUGAUGAAACUGGUUGUCUUCACCGCCGUGGUAGCCGUAGCCUAUGGAGCUUACAAUGGCGACCCAAAACAAGCGCAAAUUCUCCGCCUCGAGUCCGACGUCUCUCCUGAUGGCGCCUACCAAUACGGCUACGAUACCGAGAACGGAAUUUCGGCCCAAGAAAGUGGCGUAGGGGCACAGAAUGCCCAAGGAGGCUUCCAGUACCAGUCCCCUGAAGGAGAGAACGUCCAGCUUCAGUACGUCGCGGACGAGAACGGCUUCGCAGCCCAAGGCAGCCACGUGCCUACACCACCCCCAACACCUGCCGCUAUCCUCAGGGCGUUGGAGUGGAUUGCAGCUCACCCCUCCCGGGAAGAUGCCACCCCAACCGCAAGAAGGUUCUAAUAACCGAUAGAUGUCGGGUGCCGAUUGAGUUUUAUGUUUAAUUUAUGUGUAUGUUAUGAGUAAUAAAGAGAAUUAUAAUUUUA